UCAGAGUAAUUUUUGUUUAUGUUUGUUUGUUAUUUACUUUUAUUAAAAAGUAAUUCGCUGUGUAUGCCGGAUAGUAUCAAAAUUUAUAAAAUCCUAACGUUUACUAAAAAAUAGUAAAAUAAAUAAUGUGAUUCUCAAUUAAAUAAAAAUCGUAGUAGUUUCCCAACACCACGUUUGAAUUUAUAAUAGAAAUAUUAGAUAUAAGGCAGUUUUAGUUUAGUAUUAAAAAGUACCUGUAAUCAUGCCCAGGAAGCCGUGCUAUUGGACACGCAGACUUGAAUUACAGUUGGUUGAAUUCGUCCGCCAAAAAGAAUUUAUAUGGAAACCUAUCGGUAACACAAAUCACCAUAUUCAACAGAAAUAUAAAGCCUAUGCUGAAUUCGCUUCAAUUCUAGGGCCUGGGUUUACAGCUAGAUCUGUAAGGGAUCGUUGGGUGAACAUCAGAAGCACUUUCAAUCACAAUCUACGAAAAGUUGUAAAGUCUCAGGAAACAGCUAAAUGUCCCGAAGAAGUGUACACUCCUUGCUGGCCAUUAUGGAAGCCCCUUCAAUUUCUUAAAGACCCUUCUAAAAGUGAAGACAGCUUUUAUGAGGAAUAUUCUGCCAUUGAAAACAGCUUAAAACCAGAACCAGAUUUGACUGAAACAUUAAUUAGUAUACGCCAAAGAGGACAACAUAUAGAUAGACCCAAAAAGAAAACUAAAAAGAAAUUUAAACAAUGUAAAGACCUACUGGACAACUUAUUAAUAGCUAUGGCUCCACUAAACACGUCAUCAGAGGGCUCUAGUUAUUGGUUUUUUGGGCGUCAUGUCACAGAGCGUUUGAAUGCUAUGAGAUCAAUUGACGCCACAUGUGCAGGGCAAGAGAUCUUAAAACUCUUAGAAGCAAAUGGAAGUAGCCAAAUUAAUUCAUUGGAAAGCUGAAUACAGUAAUUCGAAUUAAUGUUGGAAAUAUCUUGAAAAACUGAAAAGCUGACAUCUAGAUGUUCCCGCUACUGACACAGAACAGAGGGAGAGAAAAAACACAGUUGCAGAUGGAUUUUUUUUAAUUAUACAUUUUUAUUAAACAGAUAUCAUAUGUUUGUUGUUUGCC